GUCCCUGUGGCGUUUCUUUGAAGUGCAAAAGCCUGAAAUAAAAUCUGUAUUCGUACUCAUCUACUUGUCUUCCUCCAACCGGCUAUUCCACUCACCAGCCCUACGAGUGGAGACAACGACCUGGUAUCGAGGAUCCGUUCGCACCAGCUCAUCAGGUCAAUUGACCAGACGCCGUCAUUUAAUAGUGUUAUAGUUAACUGCCAACCAAUUCUAUAUUGACCACCAUGUUCCCUUCUGACAGUGUGAUCCUCGACGCCUUCAACGCCCAGAACCCUCUGAACCGUCCCAAAGAGCCCAAGCAAGCGGGAUCUGCGGCUUCGAUCAGACGGGAGCCUUUCCCGGCGUGGAGUGUGAUUGAUGAGUCCAAGAAGAAAGCCGAUGCUUUCACUAAAGAGGCGGCUCGAGAAUUCGAUGUCGCCAGUCAAAAGGCUCAAGCCAAAACAGGCAAGAUUGAGCCAUGGACCCCCAAGUACUAUGCAGCUUGCACCGUCGGAGGUCUGCUGGCUUGUGGUCUCACCCACACAGCAGUGACGCCAUUGGAUUUGGUCAAAUGCCGCCGACAAGUUGAUUCGCAGCUGUACAAGAGCAACAUGGAGGCGUUCCGCGUAAUUCGCAGUGCAGAAGGCAUCAGAGGCGUGUUCACUGGUUGGAGUCCGACAUUUUUCGGAUACAGCGCUCAAGGAGCAUUCAAAUAUGGCGGUUACGAAUUUUUCAAGAAGUUUUAUUCUGAUCUUGCAGGACCGGAGCGUGCCCAGAAAUGGAAGACCUCUGUGUACCUGGCCGCCAGUGCUUCGGCGGAAUUUAUCGCUGAUGUCGCCCUAUGCCCAUUCGAAGCUGUCAAGGUGCGCACGCAGACAACUAUUCCUCCUGAAUUCAAGGGGACUUUCUCUGGAAUUUCUCAAGUCGUCGGCAAGGAAGGAGUGGCUGGUCUCUACAAAGGUUUGUAUCCGCUCUGGGGUCGGCAAAUCCCAUACACGAUGAUGAAAUUCGCGUCUUUCGAAACCAUUGUGGAAGCCAUCUACAAGAGGCUGCCGCGAAAGAAGGAAGAGUACGGCAAGGGCGCGCAGACUGCAGUCGCCUUUACUGGUGGUUACUUGGCCGGUAUCCUUUGCGCCGUCGUGUCUCAUCCCGCUGAUGUUAUGGUGAGUAAGCUGAAUGCUAACCGACUGCCUGGCGAGGCAUUUGGUGCUGCAAUGAGCCGUAUCUACAAGGAUAUUGGCUUCAUGGGUCUUUGGAACGGUCUCCCCGUCAGAAUCGUUAUGAUCGGAACCCUGACUGGAUUGCAAUGGAUGAUCUACGACUCGUUCAAGAUCUUCAUGGGCCUUCCAACCACCGGCGGUGGACCUCCCGCCGAGAAGAAGGAAACAAAGACCGCCGGCUUCUAGAAAAAUUGAGGGUAGGGUAUCGUGAUAGUAUCUUCGUGCUUUAUCGGUUACAGUGAGAUAUGGAGGACGGUCUUUUUCAUACAGUAUGUAAAAGGUAGUC